UGCCAAGGCUCUGCCGGGCGGCACAUUCCUCGUCCCCUGCGAUUCCAUCCCCAAUCUGCCCAACGUGACAGUAACUUUUGAGGGCAGAGAUUUUGUCCUGACGGGUGAGGAGUAUGUCAUAAAGGUGGGUUUCUUGCCCCUGUCUUCCAUGCAGCAACCGCCUGUUCUGAAUCCCUUGAGGCUCGUAAAGUCCCUUUUUUUCCACAAAACCUGCAAAAAGUAAUUUGAAUGUGCACCGUCCUCUGAGAGGUUGUGUCUGACAGGUAUGAGGCUUCAGUCGUUAGGUCGCCUUUUUUUUGCUCAUACCUCCCGUUACAAAAUCGUCCAAAAAACCCCUUAAGGUAUAAGCGAUGGCCUGUUGAGGGAAUAACACAAGAGCAUCACUGGAGAGGAAACAAUUUCCUGUGUUUUGGGGGUUCUUCCUCAACUUGCGAGUUCCGUCCAGCCGGACUCGUUUGGUGUAGGUCACUCGGUUGAUUGACCAUGUGUGUGUAUGCUGUGCCCUCAGAACGGGCCACGUGUUAGAUGCGCUGGACCAACACGGGGGCCACAUCGGACUCCGGCAGGCGUUAUAUGUGCGCAAUAACAAAUGCCAACCUUCCCGGGGUGCGCUGGCGGACCCUGUUGUCGGCAUUCGUCGAACAACUGGACCACUGCCACCACCCCAUUGUUUUGUGGUCAAAAUCCUGGUCAUUUGUGUGUGGACCAGGGGGUGCGGAGUGGAGCGCCAAGGCGAGGAUCCGUUCGAGCCAUCCACCUGCGGCCUCCUUCGUCUCCGGUCUUCUUGACUCUGUCUUGACACCGGGCCCAGGCGGGGGCGGAGGAGAGAGUGUAGGUAGAUGCUACGCAAGUCUACUGGCACUAUAAACCCCUGCGUAAGUCACCGUCCCUGCUCCCACAAUGCAGUCUGUGGGGCACACGGUGGUCAUCGUCGAAAUCGACGGUCGAACUGUCGUAUGUAUGCUAGGGGGGCGCGCACCGAUCGGAUUACGGAACUCACUCGUCCCGUUGUUUAGGGUACAUUAUACUUAAUAGUGGUAUAGCAUUACCGACAAAGAUAAGUUAAACUUGAGCGGUCACUGCUGACUUGUUAGCCACCAUCAGCCGGUCAUGCCAAACUCCGAGGCUCGAACUCAUAGUCUGUUGGUUAGACGUCCGACAGGUCCGUUGUCCUGUCGGUUGUGAUCGGGUAUAUUAACAAUGGUACUCUGCCUAUGUACCUGUCUGUCUACCUGGUGAUGACUACGUCUGACUUCUGCCUUUCUGAUGCUAUCUUUUGUCUGGUAGGACUGCUCACGCGCCAAUCGGCUGCAGCGGAUCUGGGUGAGCUCGAUUCAUCCCUUUUCCAUCUGCUGACGUACAAUGACGGGUGUCUAAGGGAGACUGGAAUGGCCAUUUCUGAAUUGUUAGCCGUCAUCAGCCAGUGGUGACCAACCCCGAGGUAGCAACCUCGGAAACUCGAACUCUCAACCUUUUGGUUAGAAAUCCAACGUCAUAACCAUUGGGCCACGGGCUCGUUGUCCUGUUGGCUGUGAUCAGGUAUAUUAACAAUGGUAGAGAGGCGCACACAGAUCGCCUUGCGGACUUUGGACACUGGAGGGAAAAUAAUUACCUGUUUUUUUAGGGAUUCUUCGUCAACGAAGCUUGCUGCACGGCUUGCGAGUUCUGUCCAGCCGGACUCGUUUGGUGUAGCUCAUUUGGUUGAUGGACCAUGUACAUGUCUUAACAAUGGUAGAGGAGCGCGCACCGAUCGGGUUACGGAACUCGUCCCGUUGUUUAGGGUACAUUAUGCAUAAUAGUGGUAUAGCAUUACCGACAAGGAUGAGCGAUCACUGCUGGCUCGUUAGCCAUCAUCAACCGACCAUACCCAACCCUCGAGGCUCGAACUCACGGCCUGUUGGUUAGAAGUCCAACAGGUCUGUUGUCCCGUCGGUUGCGACCGGGCAUAUUGACAACGAUACCCUGCCUAUGUUCGUGUCUGUUCACGAGAUGAUGGCUGCAUCUGGCUUCUGCCGUUCUGAUGUCAUCUUGUGCCUGGUAGGACUGUGCACGCGGCAAUCGGCUGCAGCGGAUCUGGGUGAGCUUGAUUCAUCCAAUGACGGGGGUCUAAGGGCCACCUCGACACAACGAAGGAACUGGUCAACACAGGUACUAGCUAGAAGCCCAGACAUUUAUCACGCCAACAGGAAUAUUUGAGUCGAAACCCAUCAGCUUCAGCGAGAUAACCACGUAGUAUUCAUAACCUGACUACAGCCAACCAGCAGUAUGCACAUGUUUGAUUUGUCAUACUGAGACCACAGGUAUUCCCUUAAGGCCCAGUUUUCAAACAGCAGUUAUAAACAAUCUUCACACCGGCAGAAGCGACUCGUCGAUAGCCACCGAUACUGCAAGGUCAUCUAAAAAAUCGUUUCCAUCCGAAAGAUGGAAAAAAUGGACGAUAUAAGCUCGUGGCGCGGUCAUUUCGCUGCUCCUGGACUGAUCCUUACUAGUUUUUGUCAUCUGAUGCUCACUCGCUCUUUCCCCGAGCGUCCUCUUCAUAUUCCUUUUCGGAAAAUUAGAGCAGAUUGUCUCUUUUUUUUCAGAUAAAUCAGUUUGGUCACGACAUCUGCCUCCUCGGCUUCAUGGGUUUGGACAUCCCGGGUCACGAGCUCUGGAUUCUUGGUGAUAUAUUCCUUGGCAAGUACUACACCAUCUUUGACUACGGCAACAAGAGGUUGGGCUUUGCCGUGGCUGUCAAAACCCCGCCAAAGGAGGAGCAUUGGACGACUACCAGUCCGUCGGCAAAGCACAUCCCGCUUCAACGCGAUGCCAACCUGCGUACCGUUCUGCCGCUCAUUCCGCUGUUCCCCGCACAUUGUGACGACUGUCCCCGCCCGAAUGCGGUCUAA